AUGGUUGCCGGCGGUGGUGGUGGAGCAGAGUGGAAUCUUUCUAUUGGCGGCAACGGAGGAGGUCUUGAAGGUAAUCCAGGCCAAUCUAUGUGUGAAUAUAAAAAAAUUUGCAAUGAUGUAAUUUCUACAGGAGGAACCCAAACAAAAGGAGGUUUUUCUUCCACCAAUAACGGUUGGAAACAUAUUGAUGGAGCUUUUGGUUUUGUUCAAUAUGUUGAAGACUCAGCAGAUAUGGGAGGCUACGGAGGUAAUGGUUAUUUUAGCGGUGGAUCAUUUGAUUAUUCAGGUGCUGGUGGUGGAGGGAGCUCAUUUGUUUCAGGAUAUGAAGGAUGCAUUGCAUUGGCAGGUGAAGAUAAUGAAACAAUGAGUCCAACAAACAGUUCUAUCCACUACUCAGGAUAUUUCUUCGAAAGUCCUUCAAUCCAACGAGGAAAUUCAUCUAUGCCACUUUACUUCAACAAGCAUUCACAUGGUAUUGGCAACAAAGGUCGCGGCUGCAUUCGCAUAACCAUCCUUUCUUAUAAAUUUACAUGUCAUCCAAAUCUCUAUUUUAAUUUUCACGAUUUCACAUAUAUUUUUAUUCUAUUAUUUGAUAGUUAA